UCAUCAUCUCAAUUCUCAUCUCAUCUACACACAAGCCUAAGAAAGAGAGGAACUUUUAUUUACUCACAAGAACUCAACCCAAAAAAUCAAACCUUUUCUUUGUUUAACUUUGUCUUUAGAUUUUUUACAUUAGAUAUUAGAUUAGAUUAGAUUAGAUAAUAGAUACAACACCGCACAACAACAAAAACAACCACAUCAACAACAACAACACAUUGAUACAUUUCUUCAUUCCAGACACAACAUAACUCUAAGCCAAUAGUUUUGUUUUUUUCUGACCCAGAUCAUUUUAUGGUCUUGUUUUCGAGAUAAAUGAUGUCUAGCCCAAGAUAAAGGAAAGUGAAAUAUCAAGUUUGGAAUGCUGUAAGUGAAGAAGAAGAUCUAAGCACGAUCGGUGGAGUUUUUUGUUUUGAUCGUUUCUGGGGAUCGAUCUAGUAUGUGAAGGAAUAUAUACAGGGAACUGAGCGGAUGUGAUUUGCAUGGGUUGACGAUGCCAGAGUUGAGAAGUGGAGCCCGCAGAUCAAAACGCCUUGAUGAUCUUCAGCCUCCUCCACAGCCAGCUGAUCAAGUGAAUAAUUGGUUAUUGCCUGCUCAGAACAGGACAAGAAGGAGAGUUGGUGGCGGUAGAGGAAGGGGUAAUGCUGCUGCUGUAGCAAAACCAGGAAUACCUGCGAGGCCUACAGCUGCUGGUAGAGGCAGGGGCAUUAGGUUGAUUGAUCUAGACCCAGAACCUUGUGAGGUUCUUCCUGAGGCUGCAGCUUUGCGGGCUGCUGAACCCGCAUAUAAUCCGGUGGAGGUGGUCGCAGAUAAAGAUAUUGCAAUGGAAGGUGGGAGUGCAGAAAAGAUAAUGGGAGUUGAAGAAGAAGCAAGCACAACUCCUGUUCCUGAGAGGGUACAAGUGGGUAAUUCUCCUGUAUAUAAGACUGAGAGGAAGUUAGGUAAGGGUGGUUUUGGCCAAGUUUUUGUUGGCAGAAGGGUACAUGGUGGCAGCGAUAGGACCGGUCCUGAUGCAAUUGAGGUGGCCUUGAAGUUCGAGCACCGAAAUAGUAAAGGUUGCAAUUAUGGGCCUCCUUAUGAGUGGCAGGUGUACAAUACUUUGAAUGGAUGCUAUGGGAUUCCUUGGGUACAUUACAAGGGUCGGCAAGGAGAUUUUUACAUCCUGGUCAUGGACAUGCUGGGGCCCAGUCUAUGGGAUGUUUGGAAUUCUCUAGGACAAUCGAUGCCACCGAAUAUGGUAGCCUGCAUUGCUGUGGAGGCUAUAUCCAUUCUUGAAAAGCUUCACAUGAAGGGGUUUGUUCAUGGAGAUGUGAAGCCAGAAAACUUUUUACUUGGUCAGCCUGGAACGGCUGAUGAUAAGAAGCUAUACCUUAUUGAUCUUGGUUUGGCAUCUAGAUGGAAGGAUGCAUCAUCCGGUCUACAUGUGGAUUAUGAUCAAAGGCCUGAUGUGUUCAGGGGAACAAUAAGGUAUGCAAGUGUACAUGCCCAUCUAGGUCGAACUGGAAGUCGAAGGGAUGAUCUUGAGUCAUUGGCAUAUACAUUGAUAUUUCUUUUAAAGGGGAGGUUACCAUGGCAGGGUUAUCAGGGGGAUAACAAAAGUUUCCUUGUCUGCAAGAAAAAGAUGGCCACUUCUCCAGAGCUGAUGUGUUGCUUUUGUCCUCCCCCGUUCAAACAGUUUCUUGAAGCUGUUACAAAUAUGAAGUUUGAUGAGGAGCCCAACUAUGCGAAGUUGAUAUCUUUUUUCGAUAGUUUGAUUGAACCAUGUACAUCAGCAAGGCCAAUCAGAAUUGAUGGAGCGCUUAAGGUUGGGCAGAAGCGUAGCAGAUUGCUUAUAAAUCUGGAAGAGGACGAGCAACCUAAGAAAAAAGUACGAUUAGGUAGCCCUGCUACCCAGUGGAUUUCAGUUUACAAUGCACGUCGUCCUAUGAAGCAGAGAUAUCACUAUAAUGUGACAGACUCGAGGCUGCGUCAGCACGUAGACAAGGGAAAUGAAGAUGGAUUAUAUAUUAGCUGUGUAGCCUCCUCAGCUAAUCUCUGGGCCCUAAUAAUGGAUGCGGGAACUGGUUUCAGUCACCAGGUUUAUGAAUUGUCAGCUGUUUUUCUUCACAAGGAUUGGAUUAUGGAACAGUGGGAAAAAAAUUACUAUAUCAGUUCCAUCGCUGGUUCAACUAACGGAAGUUCUUUGGUUGUUAUGUCCAAAGGAACUCCGUACACCCAGCAGUCAUACAAAGUGAGUGAAUCUUUUCCUUUUAAGUGGAUUAAUAAGAAAUGGAAAGAAGGUUUUCACGUCACAUCCAUGACCACUGCUGGAAGCCGCUGGGGAGUGGUAAUGUCUCGGAACUCUGGAUUCUCUGAACAGGUGGUGGAACUGGACUUUUUGUACCCGAGUGAAGGAAUACAUCGGCGAUGGGAAAAUGGUUUCAGGAUCACAUCUAUGGCUGCCACUGCUGACCAAGCAGCCUUCAUACUAAGUGUACCAAGACGAAAAAUGGUGGAUGAAACUCAAGAAACUCUGCGUACCUCCGCCUUCCCAAGCACCCAUGUAAAGGAAAAAUGGUCCAAGAAUCUUUACAUUGCAUCAAUUUGUUAUGGACGGACCGUAUGCUAAUUUGUGGAGUGUAUAUUGUGGUAUAUCUCCAAAAUUUAGAGAGUUUAAAUUUUGAAAGCUGAGGGUAAUUUCAUAUUUAAUUGCGGAAUGGGUGGGUUAGCUUUCUCCUGCAAGUUAAAAAGGAAAUUCAGGAUUCUCAUAUAGAAUCCGCAAAUUUGAAUGUAAAAAAGCAAAAGAAAAACAGAAAGAAAGAAAGAAUCAAUAGAAAUGAGAGUUGGAAAGCGUAUGCCCUGAACCAAAUGAGCUUAGUGGGCAACAGUUUGUUUGAAAAUCAUACAUAUGUGAUAGUAACCUGGCCAGUGCAGCCAAUUUGUUCUCUUAAA